AUGGUAGAGUUUGCCAUUAACAACUCGGUGCAUGCGUCCACGACACAUACACCGUUUUACGUGAAUGGCUUGCGCCAUCCGCGUGUACCCACCUUACUAGAGUGUAACUCUGGUUUAAUGGGGGGAGGGACUCGCGCGAGCAAAAACCGAUUUGGUUCACGCUCAUCACGCUCUGACGAUGAGGUCAUUGCGUUUGAUGCCGAUAUCGAUAACAUCGAUAUCGAAGAAGAUGAUGCCAGUGAGAGUGCGGAAGCCCUCACUGAAGAAGAUGAUCCCAGGGAGAGUGCGGUAGCCCUCACUGAAGAAAAGAUUGAUGUUGCUGCAGUGCGCUCACAGCACACUGAAGCUAACGAGUCAUCAGAUGAGUUCAUACUGGCUCGUGAAACGGUAGUCCGUUUUGUGCAAGACUCCAUCGCCGAAGCGGUGACUUAG